AUGAGUCUGCUCAGCGUUAUCCCGCUGUCAUAUUUCAUCGGUAUGGCGGUUGCGUCCAUCUCGGCACAGUCCUCGAUCGGUAUGGGUGCCGUCAUCAACGCGACCUUCGGUUCCGUCAUUGAGGUCAUCCUAUACUCGAUCGCACUUACGCAAGGCAAGGGACACCUGGUGGAGGGUUCUAUUGUCGGCAGCCUGUUAGCGGGUGUGCUGCUAAUGCCCGGCGUAAGUAUGUGCACCGGCGCGUUCAGGACAAAGGAGCAGAAAUUCAAUGCGAAGAGUGCUGGCGUGACCAGCAUGUUGUUGAUUAUGGCGUUCAUCGGUACACUCGCUCCCACUUUGUUCUAUCAGAUUUACGGUAGCUUCCAACUCAUCUGCGACGGCUGCCCGACAGAUGGCAAUAGCAAUCCAUGGACAUGUCAAUUCUGCUAUUACAAACAUCCCGAUCCUGUCGAUGAUCCUUUCUAUCAGUCCACUGUCAAGACGUUGAUGUACUUCUGCGCUGUUAUCCUACUGCUCUCGUAUCUCAUCGGCCUAUGGUUUUCGCUUCGGACACACGCAAGCCAGAUCUGGCAAAAUCCUCAGCAGCUCUUGCAGCACAUGGAUUUCCCUUCACAAAGUGGCCAGAAUCGUUUAUCGGUCUAUCACAGACUUCUUCCUGGAAUACAUGCUCCUCAGAGUCAGUCGCAGUCUGCAACUAGUUCGACACAACUUCCUGCAUCGUCAUCCGGAAGACGCAUCUCCUAUGCUAAUCCCCCGGUCAUACAGACACAGGGGCUUACGCCCCUCAUGGAAACCGUCGACCACGCCAUCAAGGAUACUGGCUUGCAACCCACGUCUCUACCGGCUAAUAUGACUACGGAUGAUUUCACAAGGGCAGUCGCCGUCGCGACAGUGAGCGCAUUGAGGCACCAGCAACACCACUCGCGUUCACCCGCUAGGGUGCGUAUCUCUGCGACGGAACUUGAGGCGGCAGCAGGUGGUCAUGGAGGGCAUGACGCGCCAUCCUGGAGUCGGACGACUAGUGCUAGUGUCUUAUUGGCAUGCACAGCGCUCUACGCCAUUAUUGCAGAAUUGCUUGUUGACGUCGUGGAUGUUGUCCUGGAUGGCUCUGGUAUCGAUGAGAAGUUCUUAGGAGUGACACUUUUCGCGCUGGUACCAAACACAACGGAGUUCAUGAACGCGAUCUCCUUUGCUCUGAACAACAAUAUUGCUUUGAGUAUGGAAAUUGGAUCGGCCUAUGCUUUACAAGUCUGCUUGUUGCAGAUUCCUGCCAUGGUUGCGUUCUCCGCCUGGUAUGCGCCGGAGAAGAUGGGUUCGGUAGCAGACACAUUCACGUUGAUUUUCCCGCGAUGGGACGUGGUCGUCAUCAUCUUGUCGGUCUUCCUGUUGACAUACACCUACAUUGAGGCCAAGGCCAAUUACCACCGGGGAAUACAAAUACCCUUUUCAAAUAUUCUACAUGAGGCAAUCCUGGAUCAGCACUUCUGA